UUAGUCGUUGUCGCUCGUCGCGCAUCCGUCCCCACGAUGUGUGACGCCAGAAUACGCAAAACUGCACCCGCCAUUCAGGAGAAGGUGGCCAUUUACGAAAACGUUCUAUCAGUGGGCGCGUUGAGCGCAGCCGGCGGCGUGGGCCUGGUCCCCACGCUGGUGUCGGAAUCAGCUCCAGUCGCCGUGGAUAUGGUGCAGGAAGGCGAGCCAGGGGCGGGGGGCGACGGCCUCAUCGCUCCACGGCGUCUGCCCAAUCCAUGUCUGGAGAGUCCACAACGAAUGGAUUUGCACAGAGAAUUGCUUUUUAAUCAAAGGAUAGGGAAAAAUGUUCUGAAUCAAAAAAGCGAAUUGGAAAGAGCGCUUUCAAGACAUAAAGAGAAGCAGAUUUUUAACCAAGUGAAGGAACACAGAGAGAAGCCAGAGCUGGAACGUGCGAUAGAGGAGCGCGCGCGCCGGCUGGAGCAGGCCGAGCACAGCGCGGAGGAGCUGGCCGCCGGCACGCACCCCACGCUGCAGUCCGUGCGCGCGCGCCUGCGCCACGCGCCCGCCUCCGCCUCCGCCGCCGCCUCCGCCUCCGCCUCCGCCUACGCCUCCGCCGCGUCUGCACACUGAGCCCCACUCAUCUCUCAUUGAAGGCUUUUGUUUCCGACGGGUAUUGGCUACCCGUAUUGCCGAUGACCGGACUUCUCGAACCCUCGCAUUUAGUCUCACAUAUCAAAAUAAUCGGUGGUUAUUGUUUUGUGUAACGAUUAUUUUGUACGCUAGCAACAUCUAGCGGUAAAAACAAGUAUAUCCACGAAGAGCCUCUGAGCUAAUUAAAUUAGUUUGCUCCUAUUUCAUUUGUGUUGACGUUAUAAUGUCUUGUGGGGGCAACGCGUGUACAUAAUCAUCCCCAUUCAGGCGCCGUAAUGUCUCGCGACAGUGACAGUCGGUCUAGUGCCAAUCACAACUUAUCUGUAUACCUACAGCCUAGUUUCAACAAUAUGCUCAUCAUUACCCGACGGUAUUCGAUACUUUUUUAUAUACACUCCAUGUAACAAUAAACCACAAUGCAAUAUUUGACAUCAAAAACCAUUAUAAAUGGUAAAAACUGAUAUUCAGUAAAGAAUUGGUAUACUACUAGCGCCAUCUACAUAAACAGAUCAUCGUUUAACAGCGCCAUCUACAUUGAUAAGUUACGGGUUUUUUUAAAUUAAUUACUAUGGGUUCGCGACUUGACUAUAGAGCUGUAUAAAGGGUAUCAGGUUGGAAAUGGGGAUAGAGGUUAGAUGAUAUAUCGUUGGUUUAAGAUGAUGUGCGAGUGUGCGCUUUGAUUGCCAAAGCUAUGUAUGUUUAUUUCCCUUAGGUUUUUUAGGUAUGCUAGCUUUAAGCCCUCUUUCAUUGAGACCGAGUCACUAUGAGUGUCACAAAGAUUUUAAACGAAGGUAAUUGACGAUUUUUGGCUUUAAAAUAGCCAAAUGCGGUUUAGCAACCUUUUCCAGAAACUUAAAAAUUUCAUAUAAAUAUUACAUUUUUGGUCAUGAAUUUCGCUUUAUAACUUCGUAUUUAUAUUUUCUGACUUGUAUUGUAAAUACCAAAUUCCAAUAUCGCGCUAAGUACGUUUUAAAGUAUUUAAAACAGAGGCUUUGGGAAGUAGAAAGGCCUAACUGACAUGAAGAAACUUCAAAUGACAGCAUAAUAAAAUGUAUGCAUUACCAAUAGACUUAUAACAUAUUAGACUUUAAACUAAAUAGCACUUUAAACAAGUAGACAUUAUUACUCCAAUUCCCGAAGCCUGCCUGCUGAUUUCGUGACAAUAGUUAUCGUUAUUUAUAUUUUAUUUUGCCGGCGGUCGGUUUCUAUAUCUAAGGACGCUUUACAAUUCGACAGCUCUAUGUACGUAAUGUUGUAUCGAACAAAUAUUGACUGAGAUAUCGACUGCGUGUGUUAACGUUAAGGGUAAAGUCGACUUCACACAAGAGUGAUAAAUAUUUUUCUAAACUUUUUAAAGUCACAAACAAUGCGCGUGAUUCACCUUUAGAAUGUUCUCAUAGGUGCCCUCUCUCACCACUCCCAUGUUAGAUCGUAACGUCUAUUAUAUUAGAUUGUAGAUAGAUGUUUGCAGUAAUAGAAGUACGAUAUAGAUAUUUAAUAUUCAUAUUUUAUUGUCAGAGUAGAUUCUUAUGAAAUGUAGAAUGUUAAAUAUUGAAACGCAAAGAAAUAUUACCCCAUAUCUUAACACUAUUUAAAUAAAGUAGUUUCAUAUUAAAUGUUCUUCACUUCUAGUAAGAGAUAAAAUAUUUAUCAGAAUUUACCACGAUAGAUUAUUCGAUAUUAACCCUUGCACCUUACAAAAUGCCUUAUUCACGCUGUUUGUUUGUAAUAGAAACAUAAUCUUAAAAAUAGCAAACCAGAAAGUGGAUACUUUCUUAGAAACAAUGCUCUAAAAAUCAAAAGCGUCAUGAUCUACCUACACUUGUAAUUACGAUAUAAAUUUUCUAAAAAAAAUAUUUUUCAGAUUGUGAGUCUAUGUAUAAGGAACAGCGCAUUAUCAUACAAUAAAUCACCAAUUAAUAGUAGACCAGUAUAUUUGAAUUAAAGUGUUCAUGAAAGUGAUAGAAAAAUAUUUUUGUAUGUUUAUGUACCUUCGGUACGUAAAGACUUUCAAAGUUUAUUAGAUUUAGAUAACCCCUUAUGUACAUCUUAAAGCAAUACUGUAGAACACAAGCAAAGCCACGACAACCUUUUUCUUAUACUUGUAUGCCUUAUAUUGUUAUGUUAUGGGAUGGUCUUAUACAACAAAAUAAUAGUAUAGAUUAUAGUAACAAUAAAAUUGCGUAGCUACGGCCGAUAUGACCCGAAUAAUUUAUUCACGAACAAAAUAUCGCACUCUUAAUAAAAUAAUGACCCAAUCCAAAAUUGCCAAUUUGUGGGAUUCGUCAAACAAUCAAUUUCUGUUAGCGACCUUUUAGUUUUUUCCCUUUUCAUGCUUUAGGUUUCAUUUUUUACCUAUCUUUAAUAAGCUCAAUUUUAUAGCAACUUCAAAAAAAAAGUUUGCAAAGAAAAGUUAUUUCCGACGAUUGCCACAAAUUAACAAUUUUGAAAUAGGUCAUUAUUUUAUUAAGAGUGCGAUAUGGAUAUUUCAUGUACGUAGGCUUAGGUCGAAUUGUGUUUAAUUGUAAGGUAUAGUCUAUACAGCGAGGGCCGCAGACGCGUCGGAGCCGUGAAGUGAUGUCCGCGUCUCUACAUUAUACUUUGUUAUUGUUAUGUUUUCUUGAAUCUCUAAAACCUCUAUACUACUAUCGAUGUAUAAUUAGCCACAAAUUUUAGAUAGCUAUCAUUUCAAAAAUAUAUUUACGUUGUUUAUUAUCUCAAUUUAUGAAAUUGUUGUUUACUUUCUGUUGUGUAAUGGACAAUUGUAGCAAAUGUAUGGUAAUAACUGUUUAUUUCCAUCAUUCCACUCGUUAAUCUGUCACUUGGUAGAAUUUCCUUUCUCUAUUUAUAUUGUUUAAUAUUAUAUUUAAGUUUUUAACUUAGUACAAAGUGGCGCCUUCACGAUACGAAAGGCAAAGUUUAUAAGCUUCGGAAGCUUCACUGUGGCCAUUUUUAUUUGAUAUUAUAUGACGAAAAUAGUAGGUAUUUAAGCAUUAUUCUCUAUGUAAUUAAUGUUUGACAAUGAAGCUGUAUAAAAAAUUGAAUAAUUUGCAUAGUCAAAUAAAAAUGUUUUAGAAUAAA